CGUUUUCAAUGCCUCACACAAACGGAAAAGGCGGCGGAGCACAGAAAUGGGCUGGAAAUAAUAAAAGAAAACGAAAUUUCGAUGGCGAGCAGGAUCCAAGUGUCAGAAAAGCGUUGAAGGAGAAGCGGCUUCUGAAAAAGAGAAAACAGGAUUUAAAGGGACAGGAGGAGACAAUGCUCGACGAAGUUGAGCAGAAAUAUCAGGAAAUGCUCAAGAAAAGCUCCCGCACAUUUCUCCGCUUCGAGGAUUUCCCGCUCUCCUGGAGGACACUGGAGGGUCUCAAGGAUAAUGACUACACAAAACCCACAGAAAUCCAACGGGACACGAUUGCCUACUCUCUGACCGGCUCAGAUGUCGUCGGAGCCGCAAAAACCGGCAGCGGAAAGACUCUGGCACUGGUGAUCCCCGUGCUGGAGGCUCUUUGGCGAGCAAAAUGGUCUCCAGACUAUGGUCUCGGAGCGCUAAUCAUUUCACCGACACGAGAGCUGGCUCUUCAGACAUUUAGCACAAUUAACGCCGUCGGAGCCCAUCACGGAUUCUCGUGUGGCUUGGUUAUCGGCGGAAGUGACGUGGCAUUCGAGAGAAAUCGCAUCAGCGGGAUUAAUAUCAUCGUUUGCACACCGGGACGUCUCCUACAACACAUGGAUGAGAAUGCUCAAAUGAGCUGUGAUUCGCUUCAAGUUUUGGUGCUCGACGAGGCGGAUCGAAUGCUUGAUAUGGGAUUCUCGAAGCAGCUCAACUCGAUCAUUAAUAAUUUGCCCGCGGAACGUCAGACGCUGCUCUUUUCGGCUACUCAGACACGAAAUGUCAAGGAUUUGUGCAGAGUUUGCACAAAUGACCCCGUCUUCGUCUCCGUACACGAAAACGCGUCAGCAGCCACUCCAGACAACCUCAAACAAUCGUACGUAAUCGUGGAAGAAGAGCACAAAAUCAACGCUCUUUGGUCAUUCAUCGAAGCCCACCGAAAAAAAAAAUCGCUGGUUUUCGUGAGCAGUUGCAAGCAGGCUCGAUUCCUGACUGAAGCCUUCUCACAGCUCCGUCCCGGGCUCCCGGUGAUGGGUCUAUGGGGAACGAUGAAUCAGAAGAAACGAAUCGAGACUUUCACGAAAUUCGACGAGAGCAAAGCCGCCGUGCUCAUUGCCACAGACGUAGCGUCUCGAGGACUCGAUUUUGAGCAUAUUGAUUGGGUUAUUCAGGUGGAUUGCCCGGCUCAAAUCGACGAUUACAUUCAUCGAGUGGGUCGAAGCGCCCGAAUGGAUGAUUCUGGAAACUCAUUGCUCAUGGUGAGCCCGUCACAAGAAGAAGCAAUGAUUGGCAAGUUGGAGAAGCACUCGAUUCCAAUUGAAGAGCUCAAAAUUCAUCCUGAUGCGAUGAGCGAUGUUAGGGUGAAGCUUCGGGCAAUUCUCGCAGAGUCACAGGAGUUGAAAGAGUACGCACAGAAGAGCAUUGUCGCAUAUCUUCGAUCGAUUUAUACGAUGAAAGAUAAGAAGGUUUUUGAUGUGGAGGCUAUUGAUGCAGCUGCUCUGGCGGAUUCUUUUGGACUGGUUUCAGUGCCAAGGGUCAGGUUUUUGAAUAAGAAGGCCAAAAAAAGCGGCGAAAAAUUGAUGGAGAAGGAAGUAAAAGAAGAAGAAGAAGAAGCUUCCCUAGUUGGAAAAUUCGCAAUUGAUGAGGACGAUGAGGAUAUAUUCACAGUGAAAAAGCCUACAGGAGAGCCUGAGCAGAUCAAGGAAGAAGAAGCCGCUGAAAAGAUCUCAAAUAUCACCAUUUCCAAGACGAAACCGCUCAAAAAAGCAGUGACAAAAGUGUCGGCGGCGAAGAAAAUCCUCAACAAAAAGCUUAAAGUUAACACGAAAAAGACAUUUGGAGCAGAAGAUGAUGAGCUCGAAGAGCUCGAAGAAGGCCCCUCAACUAUCACCUCCUAUGGUUUGGAUAUUGAAAAAGCCCGGCAGGAGAUCAAAAGUGGCGAUAAGGAGGAUCGGAAAAGGUUCAAGCUGCUCCGCGAGCAACGGAGACAGGAGAAGCUUGCGAAGAAGAAUCGGAGAGCUGAGGAGGAAGAAGCUGUGGAGUAUGAUGAGGAUGGAAGUGAGGAUGAGCCGGAUAUCUCGUGGCUCCCGGAUCCGGAUGCGGUUAGAAGGAAGUAUGAGGAGGAGCCGGAUGAGGUGGAAGAUUUGGAGCAACAGGCUCUUGCGGCUCUUGGGAGGAAAUAAUUUAAAUUUUAUUGUUUUUUCGGUUUUUUUAGAUUGUUUUUGAGUUGUUACUUGUUAUUCAUUCUUUUUUUUGAGUUUCUUGAGUUUUUCUUCAGUUUUCCAAAGAAAAUGUUGAAUUUA